AUGACCGUGAAACAUUUGGUCCUAUUUCAGUUCAAGGCUAAUGCCACCGCCGAAGCCGUGAAGGAGCUUUCCUCACGAAUGCUUGGCCUAAAAGACGGCUGUAUCCAUGCUACGUCAAAUAAACCAUACAUCAAAUCACUCACCGGUGGCAAGGAUAACUCCCCUGAGGGAGUACAGCACGGCAUCACUCACGCCUUCGUCGCCGAGUUCGAGUCGCUGGAAGAUCGCGAUUAUUACGUCAACACUGACCCUUUUCAUGCAGAGUUCAAGACUUUCGCAGGACCCUUCAUAGAGAAAGUCAUUGUUGUAGACUAUUCUGAAGGAGAAUUCUAG